UCCUUUCCUCGGCCUCGGCUGGUUGCCAUUUGUGUUCCAUUAUCUCGACCUCGCAGAAGAUCGACCCUAAUAAUCUGGACCGCGAAGAUCCGCAACAGGGGGUCAUUCAAGCAUACUUGAGAUCUGAUUCGUAUAAGAGAGACAGUGAUAAAGGCUGGUUUUACUAUGUGUAUCUCUCCAUCGAGGAUGUCUCUUGGUUGCGGAUACCAGAGGAGGCUGCUGAGAAUUAUGAGCUUUUGGAUGGCAUCUUGCAUGAGCAGUUGCCUCUACCUCGUCAUCGUUGGACUAGGCCAAUCGAUGAUCUAAAGAUUUUACCUAUCAAAGGUUUGUGAUCUUCCGCGAACAACCAGGUUCUGUGCUGUGGGUGUUAAAUAAUGACAGAGUGCUUACCCGAUGCUCAAGAAAAUGAUUUCAUGUACUUCCCAUUCGGACCACCCGAAACCGACUUCCUUCCUUCAUCAACCAAGUCACCCCAGACAUUCAACAUUGUACGCCACUGGAUGGAUGACUGUCUACAGAACCAUCCCGGAUGCAAUCAGAAUAUCUUCACCAAGGGCAAAGGUUCAUCAGGCCACGUGAAGCUUCCAACCCGUCUCAUAUUUGUGGGGGAGGAAGCAGAUGGACAGCUUGCCCCACGCCUGGUUCUUCCUCGUGCGUCCGAGUCCACGGUGGAAUUUAGAUAUCUCACCCUCAGCCACUCUUGGGCGAUAACCGGCAAAUCUAUCAUGUUAACCAUCGCGAAUACGGAAAGAUUUCUUCAGGCAAUCCCACUGCAAGACUUAUCCCAGACGUUUUACGAUGCACUAAUUAUCACCCGGGAGCUCGGUUUUCAAUACAUUUGGAUUGACUCGCUGUGCAUCAUCCAAGACUCAGUUGAGGAUUGGGAAAAAGAGGCACUUACCAUGAGCGAUGUCUACGGCCACUCUUCCUGCAAUAUUGCCGCUUGUGGGGUUUCGGUAUUGACGGCUGCUUCGUGUCUCGGAAUCCGUUACAUCAUUUUCCUUGUCGUCUCAGGCCUCAUUGCCAGGAACCAGGCGGAAAUGGGGGUUCUGGUUCUGCUUACGUAUUGAAAGACGAGUUGCUGACAAGGCAAUGGCGCGUAGACCGGAGCGCAGCACCGCUCCUUUCACGAGGAUGGUGUGUGCAGGAAAGGCUGCUGU